AUGGCGUGUGCCGAAAGCAAGCAAGAGACAGCAUACACCCUUGAGGUGUAUGUUGAGGCCGUGUUUGGCCUCCGUGCUGCUCUGGGCGCCGCCGCUGUCUCGUUUGUCCUUGGCGACUUUCAGCCGCUGGUGGUGAUGGCGCCAAAUGGCGCGGCGGCUGUCUCGAGCGGCGACGACCUUGUCUUCUCCCGUGGCAAGUCGAGUUUGUUUGCCAUGGCUCCGGACGAGCUUCGCCGUGUUCUCCGUGCUUCUCCGCUUGUGGUGCUCUUGCUCGACGUAGCAGAUCCGUCAAAGCCGCUGCUCUGCGCUGCCGCAUCUAUCGAUCUCAGGCAGCCGCUCGACGCACCGCUCGCUACCCACGGUCUCGUCCGCGGCAUGUACUACAUGUACGACCCCGUUGGCAAUGAGAUUGCCAAGAUCGGGCUCGCUGUCCGCCUGCUCGACCGCGGGCCGCAGCUGCUCGCCCACUUGGCACGCGUCGCAGCCACCCGCCCAACGCCGCCGCCGCCGGAGCCUGUCGCCGAUGAUGCUGCUGUUGCACCAGACCUCGCCGAGGAGACAGAGGCAACGUCGAGGGAGCGCAGUCCGUCGCCGCCGCCGCUGCCCGACACCUUUUGCCCGCCGGCGCUGUUCUUUGAGAACGACGGCUCGGAACCAGCAUCCGCGCCAGCCCUGGCGCCGGCUGCGGCGGAGAACAGCGCGUCGGCCGCCAACUUACAGACAAGCGUGCGGACAAAGGUGAGAGUGAGACGUGUCCGUCGUAACCGGUCACCGGAGCCAGUGCCACAGCCACGGACAGACCCGCUCCGGCUGAGCGCGCUUGGAUCGCGCCCAGGCGUGGUCGACGCUCUCUUGUCAGAGCUGGGCGAGCUAAAGGCCGCCGCCGCUGCCUCUCGGCGGGCCGAACACAUGGAUCGCACGCUCCGGGCUACGCUCCGGACGGAAGAGCCCUCUGAGCCGCGACUGACGCGCUCCGAGGUGCUGCGGCGGUCCGCCAUUGCGCAACGCAAGCGCGACGCCGCGCGGACUGCCGCUCGCGAGCAGCGGCUCUUUCGCGCCUUUGCCAACCCGCGCCCGCUUCCCAACUCACCUCCGGUCCGACCUCAGCCGUCUCCUGAUCUGCAAGCAUCGCCUCCGGCAACACCACUUGCACACAGCAUGUCUGGCGCGACAAGUCCAACAGGGAUGCCGUCACCGGCCAAUGAUCCCGAGCUCCGUGCCGAGCUGGACGAGCUCAUCUCGGAUCUCGAGGCCUCGCUCUCCAGUGCGGACGACAGAGCCAAAGCAGGUACCAGUCUGCCCGUUCCUGUCGAUGCCGUCUCGCCGUCGCCUACAUACGCCAUCGACGACUUUGACUCGCCAUCAACCUCAUCGACCUCGUCUCCGGCGUCGGCGCUGUCAUCGUCGUCGUCGUCCAACUCGCCCUACGUCCCUCGAGCACCGCUCUCCAUCGACCUGCUCUAG